CAUCACGAUGAACUCUCUGAACCAACAGUAUGAGGAGAAGGUGCGUCCCUGCAUUGACCUCAUUGACUCUCUUCGUUCUCUGGGUGUAGAGAAGGACUUGGCACUGCCCGCUAUCGCCGUGAUUGGAGACCAAAGCUCAGGGAAGAGCUCUGUGUUAGAGGCGCUGUCAGGGGUGGCUCUGCCAAGAGGAAGUGGCAUUGUGACAAGAUGCCCUCUCGAAUUGAAGAUGAAAAGAAAGAAAGAGGGAGAGGAGUGGUAUGGAAAGAUAAGCUACCAGGAUCAUGAGGAGGAGAUAGAAGACCCUGAAGACGUGGAGAAAAAAAUUCGCAAAGCUCAGGAUGAAAUGGCUGGAGUCGGAGUUGGGAUCAGUGAUGACCUCAUCAGUCUGGAGAUUGCCUCUCCUGAUGUUCCAGACCUGACCCUCAUUGACCUGCCUGGGAUCACCAGAGUGGCUGUAAAGGGACAACCAGAGAACAUUGGAGAUCAGAUAAAGAGACUGAUCCAGAAGUUCAUCACAAAACAAGAGACCAUCAGCUUGGUGGUUGUUCCAUGCAACGUGGACAUAGCAACCACAGAGGCUUUGAAGAUGGCACAGCAGGUGGAUCCUGAUGGAGAGAGGACUUUGGGUAUCUUGACCAAACCUGAUCUGGUGGACAAAGGCACAGAAGACACAGUGAUUGAUAUUACCCAUAAUGAGAUCAUCCACCUGAAGAAGGGCUACAUGAUCGUCAAGUGCAGAGGUCAGAAGGAGAUUGCAGAGAAGGUGUCUCUUACUGAAGCAAUAGAAAGAGAGAAAGCCUACUUCAAAGAUCAUGUGUAUUUCCACACUCUUUACAAUGACGGUCUUGCCACUGUUCCUAAACUGGCUGAGAAACUCACCCUGGAGCUGGUGCAUCAUAUUGAGAGGUCUCUGCCUCGACUGGAAGAGCAGAUAGAGGAGAAACUAGCACAGACUCAGGCAGAGCUGGAGAAAUAUGGCACUGGACCUCCAUCUGACGCAGCUGAAAGACUCGCCUUCCUUAUAGAUAAAAUGUCAGCUUUCAAUCAGGAUGCCCUCAGUCUGACUACAGGUGAGGAACUCAAGUGUGGAGAAAGGAUCAAUGUCUUUUCUACACUCAGAAGAGAGUUUGGGAAGUGGAACACCCAACUAGAGCAAUCAGGAACAAAAUUUAAUGACAGAAUUGAGAGAGAGGUGGAAGAAUAUGAAGAGACAUACCGUGGAAGAGAACUGCCAGGCUUCAUCAACUACAAGACCUUUGAGCUCAUGGUCAAACAGCAGAUUAAACAGCUGGAAGAACCAGCUGUCAAGAAACUCAAAGAUAUUGGAGAUGCUGUUAGGAAAGCAUUCAUACACCUGGCCCAAAGUAACUUCACUGGAUAUCCCAACCUACUGAAAACAACCAAGGCAAAGAUCGAAGCAAUUAAGCAAGAAAAGGAGUCCAUAGCAGAGUCCACACUGAGAACUCAGUUCAAGAUGGAGCUGAUUGUUUAUUCCCAGGACAGGACCUACAGCAGCAGUUUGAGUGAGGAGAAGAGGAGAGAGGACGAGGAAGAGGAAAAAUCGAAAAGCCUAUCAUAUGUUCAAGAAAGGAGUCUUGUCUACAGCAAGGAUAAUCAUGCAACACUCCAGGAGCUGAUGUUGCACCUUAAAUCAUAUUACAAAAUUGCCAGCCAGCGUCUGGCUGACCAGAUCCCACUUGUGAUCCGCUACCAGAUGUUGCAGGAGUCUGCUGUCAAGCUGCAGAGAGAGAUGCUGCAGGUGCUUCAGGACAAGGAGAACAUGGAGUCCUUACUGAAGGAGGAUUUUGACAUUGGCAGCAAAAGGGCUGCUUUGCAGAGUCGCCUUGAGCGUCUCCAGAAGGCUCGUGCAUACCUGGUGGAGUUCUAGUGGUCAAUGCCCAACAGCAUGACUUACUGUACCUCUU